GGCAUUUAUCGUUGAAGAGGAUAAAGUGAAGUUGAACUGAUGGUUGGAUUAACAGGAUAUUUCGGGCUACACCAUCACAAGCUACAAGGAUCCAUCGAAAGCAUGAUUGAUCACUGAUUAUUGCCGGAAUAAUCUGUGUGUCUUGUCGGCUAAAUACAUUGACAAGUGUCAAAGCGUUGACGGCCUCAGAUAGGAUUUUGGGCAUCCUGACGGCUCAGGGCAUGCCCCCAAAGAAGCGUGCAGCAGUCAGGGCUGGACGCCAUGGCUCACACUGAUUAGUCAGGGUUGUUUUCUAGGUUCAAACUGUCGCCUCAGGGUAAAUUUAUAAAUUGCCUGAAAUGUGGCUCAAGCGCAGCCUCGACAGGGUAGAGGUCCCCCACGCCCCAGAGGGGGGCGUACGGGAGGGAAGGGUGGUGGGGGUGGUGGGGGUGGCGGGGGAGGUGGUGGUGGUGGGAGUGCUGGGAAUGGAGACGAGCGGGUGGGAGCAAACCCCAGAGCAGCAGCGGGAGCGGGAGCAGCAGCAGCAGCAGCAAGAGCCGCAGUGGUAGCAGCAGCAACAACAGUGGGGAGCCC